AUGUUAAANUUCAAUUGUCCCAACUAACAUUGCUCUUACAACUACUCGAGAUAAGAACUCUAAAAUAUUUGUAAAUAUCCCCUUUACGAAUAAUAACUCUCGGAAAUUUUGCUAAAAGAGUAUUUAAAAAACCAAGAUAUCAGACCAUGUCCCAAUGGUAAAUGUAGGAAUUUCGGAUUCAUUGAUUUAAAUUCCAGAUGUGAUCAAUUAUUGCAAUGUACAUCUUGUUAGACUAAGUGGUUGGAUAUAUCAAUAUCAUCUUAGGCAGUUCAGUUGGAAUAUGGGUUUUCAAAUAUGUAUUUUAAUAUCAAGGAUUUCAUAUAUUGUUUUUUAUUUACCAAUGAAUGUCCUCAAUGUGGAGUUUAGAUAUAGAGAAACGGAGGCUGUCAACACAUGACAUGUAAAGCCUGUCAACAUUAAUUUUGUUGGUAUUGUAAAUUUAGGUGGAACGGUCAUAUGUUGAGACUUUGCAGCUUCUGCUAUGCUACUAAGAUGGGUAUAUUUGUUUACAUCCUCAUGUCGCUUUUGCAAACACUUGGACUCCUAAACACAGUCUUGUUUUUAUUCUCGUUGCCAUUUAAAUGGUUUACUUUUGUGAUAUUGGCUAACUCAAUUCCAUUCGGAUUUGUCGUAGGAGUAGUGUAUUUCUGCUAUGGAUUUUCUCAUUUGUAUUGUUAAUGGUACAAAAAAGGGACUCUGGAAGUUACCAUUUCCACAGUUUCACUUAUUAUUUGGUAUAUGCUACAUAGUUUAAUUGCUGACAUUUUUGACCUAUCUAUUUCGAUAUACAUAAGUGCAGUGAUGUGGGAAGGCAUAAUUGCCGUUGUUAUUGUGUGCUAUUUAUUUAGAUAACAACUGACUUGGAUUGUAUUCCCCAUCUCUGCCAUGUCUCUACUUUACUACUUUGGAUUGAAUGGAUUAUGUCUGUUAUGUUGGGGAUUGCCAAUUAUGAAGAAGUAGUUUGCAAAUAACAAAUACUUGUUUUAGUGUGCAGGAUAUUUGUUAUUCAUUAUAUUGAACAUCUUUGAUUUAUAGGAAUAAAUUUAACAAAAUAAAAUUAGUUACAUUUUUAGUUUGAAUUUAGUCUAUAUUUUGUAUGUGGAGAAAUCAAGAAUAUUUGAUUACAUAAGAUUUUGA